GCCUGCCUCAAUUGCUCCAUCUCUUCUGGGGAGCUGUCCCCAAAUGGUUCAAGGAGCGCCAUGCUCUGCAAUGGCAGUGAGGUCAAGGGAAACUUUGACCCUGAGGACUUGAACCUGACUGAUGAGGCCCUGAGGCUGAAGUACUUGGGGCCACAGCAGACAGAGCUGCUCAUGCCCAUCUGUGCCGCAUAUCUGUUGAUCUUUGUGGUGGGCACUCUGGGCAACGCACUGACCUGCACGGUCAUCCUGCGCCACAAGGCCAUGAACACGCCCACCAACUUCUACCUCUUCAGCCUGGCCGUGUCCGACUUGCUGGUGCUCCUGGUGGGCCUGCCCCUGGAGCUUUACGAGAUGCGGCACAACUACCCAUUCCAGCUGGGCGCCGGCGGCUGCUACUUCCGGACCCUGCUCUUUGAGACUGUCUGCCUCGCUUCCGUGCUCAACGUCACCGCCCUGAGCGUGGAGCGCUAUGUGGCGGUGGUGCACCCGCUCCAAGCCAAGUCUGUGAUGACACGGACCCACGUGCGCCGCACGGUGGGGGCCAUCUGGGUCCUCGCUGUGCUCUUCUCCCUGCCCAACACCAGCCUACACGGCCUCCAGCAGCUGCACGUGCCCUGCCGGGGACUGGUGCCCGGCUCGGCUGUGUGUACGCUGGUACGCCCCCGGGCCUUCUACAACUUAGUGAUACAGACCACCACGCUGCUCUUCUUCGGCCUGCCCAUGCUCACCAUCACUGUGCUCUACCUGCUCAUCGGGCUGCGGCUGCGGAGGGAGAGGAAGCUGCUGGAAGAAGGGGCCGAGAGCAGGAAAGCCACAGCGCUUCAGAAGAGGGGUCCCAGGAGGCUUCAGCUCCGAGACAGGGCGCGGAGGCAGGUGACCAAGAUGCUGUUCGCACUGGUGGUGGUGUUUGGCAUCUGCUGGGCUCCAUUCCACGCUGACCGCCUCAUGUGGAGCUUGGUGUCGCACUGGACCGAGGGCCUGCUCCUGGCCUUCCAGUUUGUGCACGUUGUCUCUGGUGUCUUCUUCUACCUUGGCUCAGCAGCCAAUCCAGUGCUCUACAGCCUCAUGUCCAGUCGCUUCCGGGAGACCUUCCGGCAAGCCCUGGGCCUUGGAACCCAGUGCCGGGGCCGCCGCCACCAACCAUGUCAUGGCUCCCAUAACCUCAGCAGGUUGACCACAGGCAGCACCCUGUGUGACCUGGGCUCCAGGAACAGCAGGGCUGGACCCCUAGCCGAGAAUGCAGAGCCAGCGUGUCAGCAAAUGACAGACCUCUCCUGAGUAAAAUCUGGAAGCAGCCUCACCCCCAGGGCCUCAGACAGUCUGGUGAGCCACUCAGAAGAGCUUGGAAAGUGACCCCUGCCUUGAGGAAAAGAGCAAGCAAAAGAGGAUUGAGCCCCGAUUGCCAAAAACUGGCACUGAGGGCCUGGAAAGCUGACUCAGCAGUUAAGAAUGCUUGCUGCUCUUCAGCACCCACCGGCAGCUUGCAGCAGUCUGUAACUCCAGCUCUAGGCCACCUGACUCUCUCUCUUGGCUUCUUAAGGCACUCACCUGCACAUAGCACACACUCACAUUCAAAAACAGAACCCAGAUUGAACCAGGCUUAUGCUGUGUGUCCCUCCUGACCCCAGACUCCCAGGUAAAUUCUUCCCCACAGAACUGUCACAAUCCCCUAGGGCUCAGCGAUUAUCCCUCCGGAGGACCCUCUUUCCUCUCAAGUUCAUAAGUGUUUCCACCAGGGACUAGCUGCCAUUUUGGUAACGCCUGAACUUCCGCCUAUCUGUCCUUCUCCAGCCCUGGUACUGCCUUUGAGACCAUCUUCACACCCUGUCCCUUCCUGGCUCUCAUUUGGCACAGAAAUCAGGGCCCGAGAGUGCUGCCAGGUGAUAGAGGUUCCCAGAGGUCCAGGGGAGAUCCGGUCUCAGCCUUUGUCGCCACCUUGCCUUGUGGCAAUGAACAAAUCACUGCGCCUUCCUAGGCUCUGGCUUCCUGCUUGCAAAAUGAAAGGAGUGUCCACUUGCCAGUGUCACCCUUCAGCUGUGGGCAUAACAAAACCAACCAACGGCUUCAGAUUACCAUUCCCCAAACCUGCUUUCUCUCUGACCUCCUUGUGCCCUUGUGCCAAGCUGUCCGGGGCAGGUCCUUUUCUUGUCCUGGAACCAACAGGGCCGGCACUCCGAGCUGCCGGCUGCCUUUCUCGCCAGCAGACGGGCUGAACAAAGUGCUGGAUCCUGUUAGCCAGGGGACCUCUGGGGGAAGCAGCACAGGCCAACUAAGGAGCAGGAGUGGCCAUGCAGGGACAGUGUUCUGGUCACAAAACUAGGGUCCCCUGUGGAGGGGGAACGUCAGCCGGGGAAUUACAUCCAUCCGGGGGACCUGUGGACAUGCUAGAGUGGGACAUUUCGUGGUCAGUGAUUGAUGUGGCAGGGCCCAACCCACUUCAGAUGGAGCCACUUCUGGGCAGGUGGUCCCAGCUACCUAAGAAAACAAGCUGAGCAAGCCACGGGGAGCAAGCCAGCUGGCCAGGUGCCCUCGCGGCUUCUGCUCCAGUUCCUGCCUCCAGGUUUCUGCCUCGGUUUCCCUUGAUGGACUCUAAGCUGAAAUAAACCAUUUCCUCCCCAAGGUGGCUUUGGUCACUAUUUUAUCACAGCCAUAAAAAAGUUCUGCUGAGGGGGCUGGGAGCUAGGGACAAUACUUCUGUGACAUUUUAUGCUAUCCUGAAUUCCAGGGACAACCUGGUGCUCAGGAGGGACCAUAUUAAUGGAUGCACUGUGUCCGGCUGCAAGUUCCUAGGGGCUGCCCAGUGAGCUGCAGACCUCCUAAUUGGUGCCCUAGGUUUCUUCAUCCGGGAAAAGGAAUGGUGUCAGUUUGUUUCCCAUCACUGUGACAACGACAUGACAGAGACAACUUAAAGAUGGUGAGGUGGGCACGGUGAUACACAGCUGUAAUCCCAGCAUCUGGGAAAG